CGGUAUGUGAUAUACUAAAUAAAUAGUAAUCAAUCCUAUCUAGUAUCUACUUCCCAUUUCUCCGAUCUACCGUUGGGAAAGGAUGACUUUAUUUUUUCCACUUCGGGAGCAAAGAUUACUUUUGUCUUUAACUUCAAUUAAGACGAACAUGUGGCAUCAUAAAACCACCCUCUAAUGCACCGGAAACUCACCAUACCAGUUUCUGAAAGAAGGGAACACGUGACCAAGCCGUCAACACUCCCACCCUAUUCCCCCCAUUUACCGCAACCCAAUCUUUCUGCACGUUCCCACCUUCUCUACACUCUCUGUCCCAAUUUCGUCCCUCUCCCACCUACUCUUAGCCGCCGGCAUCCAUGGCCGACAACGAUGCCGACAGCCGGAAAGUCAUUUACCUCCACGGUGACCUCGAUUUGCACAUUAUUGAAGCUCGGAGCCUUCCUAACAUGGAUUUAACCUCCGAGCGCCUCCGCCGCUGCUUCUCUCCCUGCAACUUCUGCGCCGCUCCUCCACCUCCCGUCACCACCGCCGCCGACGGCGAAGCAAGGGACCACAAGCUGCACAAGCACCGCAAUAUCAUCACCACAGACUCCUACGUCACCGUCGUCGUCCCCCAAGCCACGAUCGCCCGCACCCACGUCGUCAAGAACUCCCAAAACCCUAGGUGGAACUACCGGUUCCAUCUCCAGCUCGCGCAUCCGUGCUCCGAGCUUGAGUUCCACGUCAAGGAUGACGACGUUUUCGGGGCGCAGCUUGUUGGAAAGGCUGCAAUUCCCGCCGAGAAGAUCGCUUCGGGGGAGGUUCUCAGCGGCUGGUUCCCGAUUGUCGGCCCCGGCGGCCAGACGCCAAAGCCGGACACUGCACUGAGGCUCGAGAUGAAGUUCAUUGCUGUUGACAAGAAUCCGCGCUAUCUCCAUGGCAUUGCCGGCGAUCCUACUCACAGCGGCGUCACCGACACCUACUUCCCUUUGAGGAAAGGGAGCAAGGUGACAUUGUACCAGGACGCUCACGUCCCCUGUGGCUCGUUGCCGGAUAUUCAACUUGACGGCAGCAUGGUUUAUAAGCAGCCACAGUGUUGGGAGGAUCUUUGCUAUGCCAUAUCAGAGGCUCACCAUAUGAUUUACAUUGUGGGAUGGUCUGUGUUCCAUAAGAUUAAGCUGGUUAGAGAACCAACUCGGCCAUUGCCACGAGGUGGGGAUUUGACUCUUGGUGAGUUGCUCAAGUAUAAGUCCGAGGAAGGAGUCAGAGUUCUGCUGCUGGUUUGGGAUGACAAAACCUCUCAUGAUAAAUUUGGCAUCUCUACGGGUGGAGUGAUGCAAACUCACGAUGAAGAGACAAAGAAGUUUUUCAAGCAUUCUUCAGUGAUCUGUGUGUUAUCACCUCGCUAUGCCAGCAGUAAGCUUAGCAUUUUGAAACAAUCGGUUGUUGGAACUGUCUUUACACAUCAUCAAAAAUGCGUUCUUGUAGACACACAGGCUCCCGGUAAUAACAGGAAGUUAACUGCAUUUAUAGGAGGACUUGAUCUUUGUGAUGGGCGGUAUGACACCCCGGAGCACCGGCUGUUUCGGGAUCUUGAUUCCACCUUCAAGGAUGAUUUCCACAAUCCUACAUUUCCUGCGGGGACCAAGGCUCCCAGGCAACCAUGGCAUGACUUGCAUUCUAGAAUUGACGGGCCUGCUGCAUAUGACCUUCUUAUAAACUUUGAGCAGCGUUGGAGGAAAGCAACAAAGUGGAAAGAGUUUGGACUUCGUUUGAAAAAGGUUUCACAUUGGAAUGAUGAUGCUCUAAUAAAGAUAGAAAGGAUCUCAUGGAUAGUAAGUCCUCCCUUGAGCGUAACGAAGGAAGGUGUGACAGUCGUUCCCUCGGAUGAUCCUAUAGUACAUGUCUCCGGUGAACAAGAUCCUGAAAACUGGCAUGUUCAGAUUUUCCGUUCCAUUGACUCUGGAUCAUUGAAGGGAUUUCCGAAGACUGUUGGUAAAUGUCAGGCACAGAAUCUCACUUUUUCAAAAAAUCUGGUGAUAGAUAGAAGCAUUCAAACUGCAUAUAUACAGGCAAUCCGAUCUGCACAACAUUUUAUUUACAUUGAGAAUCAGUAUUUUCUUGGAUCAUCAUAUGGCUGGCCUUCAUACCAAAAUGCAGGAGCUGAUAAUCUAAUACCAAUGGAGCUGGCAUUGAAGAUUGCGGAGAAAAUUAGAGCCAAUGAGAGGUUUGCAGUGUAUGUUGUUAUGCCAAUGUGGCCAGAAGGAGACCCAAAAUCUGAAGUUGUGCAAGAAAUUCUAUUUUGGCAGAGCCAGACCAUUACCAUGAUGUACGGUGUAGUUGCAGAGGAACUCAAGUCUAUGCAACUUCAGGGCGUACAUCCUCAAGACUACCUCAAUUUCUACUGCAUCGGUAAGACCGAGGAAGCUCCCCCAGAAAUGUUGAGUGGCAAUGGUCAACAGGUCUCCGAAUCUGCGAAACAUCAGCGGUUCAUGAUUUAUGUCCACGCCAAGGGCAUGAUAGUGGAUGAUGAGUAUGUAAUCAUAGGAUCAGCUAAUAUCAACCAGAGAUCGAUGGCCGGUACCAAGGACACAGAGACUGCCAUGGGUGCAUAUCAGCCUCAUUACGCUUGGGCAGUGAACAAGAGACAUCCACGGGGCCAGAUCUACGGAUAUAGAAUGUCUCUUUGGGCAGAGCAUCUAGGCGGAUUACAACAGACGUUCGAAGAGCCCGAGAGUUUGGACUGCGUGAAGGCAGUGAACAACAUUGCUGAAGAGAACUGGAGGAAUUUCUCGGAUCCCGAUUUCUUGAAAUUGCAGGGGCAUCUCCUCAAGUAUCCCUACCAGGUUGAUAUUGAUGGAGCAGUAAGCCCCCUCCCUGGAAGUGAGAACUUCCCUGAUGUUGGUGGCAAAGUGCUUGGAGCUCAUUCCAUUAAGAUCCCUGACAUUCUAACGACCUGAUCGUUUUCUAAAGUGUCAAUACUAUGAAUGAUUGUCUUGUUAGGUUUGUUUUGGUAUGUGCUCGUCGGAGUCUGUAUGUAAAAUUCUACAGGGUUAUUUUGUACAUGGUUUAUUGUUGUCCUUCGGGCAAGAAUAAAACUUGUAAUUGUUGUGUAUAGGAGAUGAGGGAGGACCUUUGUCUUUUAUUCUUUUAUCUUCAAUGUAUGAAGUAAUGAACCAGUUGGAUUGGAUAGUGAUUAAGGUCAAGAAAGGCAGACUGCACAGUAUUGGAAAUAUUGAUUUGAGUUCAUCAAUAGGAAGGGCAAUGGAUCCAGAACAGAUUGGGUAGUAUGGUGUGCAGGCUCACCUGCCUUGAGGUCUGCUACGGCUCUUAGUUAAUUGGCACAAGAUCUGACCUGCAUGGGACGGGUUUUAUCAGACCCUACUUUAACUCUGUACUUAGGUCACCCAAUUCGUUGGGUUAUAGCAUGCGCUCCUGCUCUAGAGCGCUAAAAGCGCGGAUUUGCAGCAAUCCGUAUAAAAUUCGCGAACUAUC